ACCAGAAUAGUUCCAUCUCUACGUAUACAAAGAAUGCAUAAUCGUAACAAAGGCAAUGUAGGUGAAGUUUAUUGAGUACGUAAUUAUUUACAGUUUUAUUAGCAGAAUAUAAAAAUGAGUGAGGGGGAUAAAGUGGCCGUUUCUUUUGCUUGCCAAAGUUGUAUGCAACCGAUCUUUCUGGAGGAAAGCCUGGAUAACAUCGAUGUGCACUCCAUGGCAGAACUUAAAUUACCUAUUUAUUCGGGUAAUGAAAAUGUGCUAGACACUCAUGACGUCAAUGUUUUCGAUCAUUUUGUACCUCCAUUCCGAUUGUCGGAUUCAAUAAAUGGCACUGGUUUCAUGCUUGUUUCGGAUGGUCGCGAAAAGAAAAUGAGUGCUUCUUUUAAACUAAAAGCCGAAUUAUUUGAUUGCCUCUCUUCGAAUUCGGAAAUUGAUCACCCAUUAUGUGGAGAUUGUGCUGACUCCAUGUUAGAAAUAAUGGAUCAGGAACUAAAAAUAGCAGAGCAAGAAUGGCGUGAUUAUAAAAACUACUUGGAAAAUCUGGAACAGCAACAAGAAUGUCCAAACAUCGCAGAGUUAGAGCGAGAAUUGAAUGAACUGAAAGACAACGAGUCUCGAAUGUUGGCAGAGUUAGAAAAACUAAAACUUGAGGAGCAAACUUUGAAUGAAGAAGUUAAAAAAGAGGAAGAAGAAAAGAUCAAACUUCAACAACAAGAGGCAAUAUACUGGCGUGAAUAUACGAAGCAUCGUCGAGAACUAAUGCUCACAGAGGAUGAGAAACGAAGCCUCGAGUGCCAAAUAAGUUAUGCAGAGCAGCAACUUGAAAAAUUGAAGGAUGCAAAUAUUUUUAAUAUCACCUUCCAUAUAUGGCAUGCUGGCCAUUUUGGUACUAUAAAUAAUUUUAGACUUGGCCGAUUACCUUCUGCCUCUGUGGAUUGGUCAGAAAUAAAUGCUGCCUGGGGACAAACAGCUUUGUUACUAUGUGCUCUUGCAAGAAAAAUAGGACUAACAUUUGAACGUUAUCGAAUUGUACCUUUUGGAAAUCAUUCAUACGUUGAAGUGAUUGGAGAAAACCGUGAACUGCCUUUGUAUGGAACCGGAGGAUUCAAGUUCUUUUGGGAUACAAAAUUCGACGCUGCAAUGGUAGCUUUUCUAGAUUGUUUAACACAAUUUAGGCAAGAAGUAGAAAAACGUGACACUGAAUUUCUUUUGCCAUACAAAAUGGAGAAAGGAAAAAUCAUAGAUCCGUCCACGGGAAAUUCUUAUUCAAUUAAAAUACAAUUCAACUCGGAGGAACAGUGGACCAAGGCUUUGAAAUUUAUGUUGACAAACUUAAAAUGGGGUUUGGCAUGGGUCUCGUCUCAGUUUGCAAAUGACUAAUUUCUCUUUGUUUCUCGUAUUAAACUAUAUUUACAAUUCAAAUAUAAAACUAUAGUAUUAUAUUCCCUGAAUAUAUAUAUAUAUAUUUGUUCAAAAUUGUACUAAAUAAAAACGAGUUAGACGUAAUAGGCAAUACCAAAAUUAA